GUAAUGUGUGAAUAUAUGUCAAGUAGACGUGGAGCACGUAAAAAUCAAAUGGGUACGCAAUACUUUGAUGAGUUUCGUACGCAUUUCUGGGAGAGGCCUGAAGAUGAAUUCGAUAGAAUCCGUACUAUUAAUACCUCAAACCGUAGGCGAAAUAGAGAUGUGGGAAAUACAACACCAGCACCAUCUAUUGAGGAAGUUGAACGUGAAUUAGCCAUGAGAUCUUCUGUUAGACGAAUAAACCGGAGUUCAUCUGAUAUUAGCAGGAGGA